CCUGUCACUCAACACCCCAGUAUCUCCUCCUCCUUGCUCGGCAUCAGACUUGGAGUGUGUGUGUGUGUUCCGACCUUGUUCCAGCGACGAAAGCCAGCUGUUUGCAGCGAAUACAUUUCUGGCAAAAGCCACCCGGGCCGGGCCGCAUCUUACCCCUCUUUAAGGCGGUGGUAGUAGCCUCGUGUUUUACCGUCAAGAUGAGUCAGGACGUGAUAGGGUGCUGCCCUGCUAUCGCUAGCUAGGCGAACGAAUUCCUUCAACCAGCUCGCUGUUUCCAAUCACUGCGGGUUGACACAACAUUAGCCGAGGCGUCGUUCAGAGAGCUAGCGAGGCUCUGCUCUCGUGUAGCCGCUACGUGCAAUUUAGCCCACGUUAGCUCAUGUAGUUACUUAAGAAAACGGACGCAUUGCUGCCGCGUAGAUAAGUGCAAUAACGGCGAUCACGCUAAUGUUAGCCGACCAGCUAGGAAUACUACUUGUUGUAGCGUGAACCAGCUAGCUACCGUUGGUGAGGCUGCAGAGAAAAUCAAUUGUUACGGGCUCGGAUGUCGCGAGGCUGCAGUUUUGAACCACUUUUUGGCAGAUUGUGAAGAUUGAAUUUGGACCACAGUGACAGACGAAAAGACAGAGGAGGGGGUUAAUGCUAUACAACAGGUAUUAAGCGGCAGUAGUUUUAACAUUAACUGUAUUAAGGCCGUCUCUUGACGUCCGGAUCUCCCGUGAUUUUUGCCGAGAACACCCGGGUGAAGUCGCAGUUGUUCUCGGCUGAUUGGGACAACUUGACAGCGAGGCCCCGAGCUAGUCCCGUCCGUCCGUACGUCCAGACAGACAGACAGACAGACAGACAGACCACCUCCUGAGAUUGAUAAACCGAGACCGUGUAUCGCGUCCCGUCUUAACCGGGCUGCCCACAGCAGAGGGGAUGACUCUGGAGUCCAUGAUGGCGUGCUGCCUGAGCGAAGAGGCGAAGGAGUCGAAACGAAUCAAUGCAGAAAUUGACAAACAACUCCGCCGAGACAAGCGCGACUCCAGGAGAGAGCUGAAAUUACUUCUUCUCGGUACCGGAGAAAGUGGCAAGAGCACCUUCAUCAAGCAGAUGAGAAUCAUUCACGGAGCUGGGUACUCAGACGAAGAUAAGAGAGGCUUCAUCCGGCUUGUUUACCAGAACAUCUUCACCUCCAUGCAGGCCAUGAUCCGCGCCACUGAGACCCUUAAGAUCCCCUACAAGUUUGAACAGAAUCGGUCCAACGCCAUGCUUGUGAAGGAGGUGGACAUUGAGAAGAUCAAUGGGUUUGACUAUCACUUCAUCGCAGCUAUCAAAAGCCUGUGGUCCGACCCAGGGAUCCAGGAGGCCUAUGACCGCCGCAGAGAGUACCAGCUCUCUGACUCCACUAAAUAUUACCUUAGCGAUAUAGACCGUGUGACUGCAGAGGGAUACGUUCCCACCCAGCAGGAUGUGCUGAGGGUCCGUGUACCCACCACGGGUAUAAUAGAGUACCCGUUUGACCUGGAGAACUGCAUCUUCAGGAUGGUGGAUGUCGGAGGUCAGAGGUCAGAGAGGAGGAAGUGGAUUCACUGCUUUGAGAAUGUCACCUCCAUCAUGUUUCUUGUGGCGCUGAGUGAGUACGACCAGGUCCUGGUGGAGUCCGACAAUGAGAACCGCAUGGAGGAGAGUAAAGCUUUGUUCAGGACUAUCAUUACCUAUCCGUGGUUUCAAAACUCCUCCGUCAUCCUCUUCCUCAACAAGAAGGACCUGCUAGAGGAGAAAAUCUCCUACUCACACUUGGUGGACUAUUUCCCAGAGUUUGAUGGUCCCCAGAGAGAUGCACAGGCAGCACGGGAGUUCAUUCUCAAGAUGUUUGUGGACUUAAACCCAGACAGCGAUAAGAUCAUCUACUCUCACUUUACUUGUGCCACGGACACGGAGAACAUCCGCUUUGUGUUUGCAGCUGUCAAAGACACCAUCCUACAGCUCAACCUCAAAGAGUACAAUCUGGUGUGAGGGCCCACCUAUGACAACGUCACAUCUCCUCCCCCAUUGCACAAAAGCACACCUCUUUGGGAGUGUGCGCUCAAGUUCACAUGCAUUACACAGCACACCAUGUCGGCUUUCACACACACACACACGCUCACUAACAGAACCCUUCCUUCUUUUUUUUCCAGUACAGUACAUUCACAAAUCCUCCCACCUGCAAACGCCGCCCCUCCUCUUUCACCAAAGCUCGACCUCUUCCUCCGUCGCUCGGGCAGUUUGUUGUGUCAGAGUACCCGCUCCUCCCAAAGCUGCUCCGUGUGUCAGAUUUGGCCUCGGCUGCUGGCUCUGGCACUUUUUAUCUGGCACACAAACUUUUCACAAGGACUGUACAGUGACUGAAGGGGACUUUGGUGUUUGUGUGUGUGUGUGUGGGUGUGGUACGUGUUUGUGUGUGUAUUUGGGGCAGCAUUGAGGAGCGAGGAGCUGUGUAUUGGUGAAUAGCGGCAUCGAACCCCUUUGGCCCUCCGGAGUUGACCCUCAGCAGUGUGAGAUGAGAUCCUCUGUCGUGUCCUUUGUGAGCUCCUAUCGGUGUGGAAGGAAGCGAGUGCUGUAUCUCCUGAAACCAACUAGGAACCAGUGGGUGGCAUCAUGCUUCUUGAGACAGAGUGACUUGGACAGAAAGUGAAGCCUCACACCGGACACUAGGGGACGGGGCCGAGGAUUCUGUCUCCAUCUAGCAUCUAUGAAUGUACCCACCAGUGUCAGCAUCACAAUCGCAAAAAAUAUAUAUAUAUUAUGAAAUAAAUGCAUUAAUAAACACACUUAAGUUAAAAGCACGAGAGGGCAAGACAUAGCUAAUCAAAAUCUCUUAAUUGCUGAGUUCUAAAAAGAAAAAAAUGUUUUUAAUGAUAGAAAUUUGUUGCUAUGUCUUCUUCGAUUUAACAAAUGAUGACUCAAAGGAAUGGUGAUAAGAAUUCGUAAAGAAAAUCUAUUACAACUUUUAAACUUUGCAAAACAAAGACGUCUUAAAAAAAAAAGAAGCAACCAGAAUUUUUACUUGACAUAAGUAUCCUUUAAAGAUUUUUGUGGCAUUUGUUUUUUUUUUUAAGUUAAUCGCAUUGCUUCCCCCCUCCAGAUGUUUUCUGUGUGGAUUCACAGGGACAAUCGUCCAUGUGACCAUCACAGCAUCUGGCUCCACUGAUUACACCCCCCACACCCUUAUUACAAAAACACUAGUAGCGGGUGAGAGGACCCUGCUUUCGACAUGGGCUCUGCUCCGAUUGGCGGAAGCAGAUGUGGAGGGGAGCGUGAUGUCAUCAGUGUUGAUCAGCCCACGGAGCACAUCUGCAGCUCGGGCUGCAAGUAGCUUAUUCAACAAAACACAAGCUGUAAAUUAAACACGCCCACCACACCACAGUGCUGUGGUGUGGAUGGAAUCCAUGCGGUCACAUCUCUGAUGACGUCACACCUGCGUCACUCAGCCGUCCAAUCAGACACACUUCCUGACUGUGACAUCACAUCAGGAUGUGUUUCUGUUUUUUUUUUUUUUUGUUUUUUUACUGUAUAGUCACUUUGUUUAUAUAUAGAUUGCUUGCUGUUGAGUGAGUGAGGGGGGGGGAGGGGGUUAUGAUCCUUUCACAGAAAACGCACUCUGAGGUCUGCAAACGUUGUUUGUGUGUAUUCGUUUGUAAAUACAUAUACACAACACUCCUGUACAAAAAAACGCUCUGUGGUACACCAUCUUUGGCAAAACAAACAAAAAAAAAAUCUACAAAAAAAAAUCAACUUCUUUCAUUAGCAUACAGUUCUUUCCUAUGAAUUUAUGGUAGUAGUAAUACUGUGAUUAUGGAUUUUGUUCACUUGACUACACGGAGCUGAGCGGUGUAGAGGAAAGGGAAGGAGCAAUAGUCUGAGAAAAGAGGUUCCUCUCUACUACUGCGACCGCUCUGGCUCCAGACUAUAUUAACUAGGGCUGGUAGAAAUCUUCACAGUAUGGUGACGAGAUGAUUUUAAGAGUAAUUAAAGAUUUUUUUUUUUUAUUUUUUUUUUUUUAUUUAUCUAAUUUAUGGACCAGGUUUGAAGGUGUUAAUAAUUUGAUUGCUUUUGAGUCUGUCAUGUUGAAGUGCUCCUUUUCUCAUGGCGGAGCCUACUUGAGUCUGAACUGCUGUAACAAAAACUAAACUAAAAAACCCUGAAUGUCUGGUAUAGUAAGGACUUUAUCUCUGCUUUCUAUUUCUUAUCGAGACAUUUCCAGUUGUACUUUGCCAUCACAACUCCAUCCAUCCAUGAUUAUACUGUUUGGUUUUCUUUAGGAGCCCUCAUAUUUGUUUUGUUUGAUUUAAGAAAAAGAAAAAAAAAAAAAAAAGAGAGAAACUUGUAUUUCCUCUCGGUUUAUAGACUCGGCGCUGUAAUGCAUACCUAGAAAAAUGUACAGUACGAACGUAGGUGGACUUUUUUAUCAAUGAUUGAAGACCCAUGCGGUCCAUGCUUGCUAUUUGUAAUUUAACACAAAAAUUCAGUUGUUGGUUUUUUGCAUUGUUAAUUUCCAGUUUUUUGAGGCUUGCUUUGAUGGU